UAAAUGGCAAGAUAAGGACGUUAUGCAUUAUGAAAUGUCACCAAGCCCAGACGUCUAGUUCCUUCUUCUAGAUGUCCGUUGCUAUGGAUAAAAUACACCAAUGGUUUUUCCUGGUGAUGUCAGCAGUAGUCUUUUGGACGUCAUGCUGUGGACAGCAAGGAGUAGGUCUUCAGUGCCUCGACUGUAUUGAUGUCGUACACCCAGUCGUGUGUAGCCGCUCGACUCUUUGCCAGCAAGACGAGAUGUGCUUCACAUACAAGUACACCUAUUCUAACGUAAGCAGAUACAAUCUGGGGUGUCAGGACCACAAGGUAUGCGAGAUGAUACCACUGCGACCAUUUCUAAUUGGUAGAAGACGCACAGCAAUACGUCUGGGGACACGUAACGACGUCAAAAUAACAAGCCUAUGUUACGAUUGUUGUCAUAGCAACAACUGCAAUCGGGAGAUGUGUCAGGGGCACGGUGUAACAAAAAGCACAACUCUUCCACUGACAAUGCCUUCCUCUAUGUCUACCACGACAUCUUCUUCAGCCACGACACCUUCUUCAACCACGAUACCUACUUCUGCCACUACGACUACUGCGACAAAUACAUUGUGUCCAUCAAACUAUGUAGGAUUUGAAGCAAGCUGCUACAUGAUUGUGUACAAGUCCCUGCAUUGGGACAGGGCUGAGACGGCCUGUACCCAGAUGGGGAAAGGAACACACCUCGUGUCUGUCAACAGCGAGAAGGAACAGCAGUUUCUAGCUCACCUCCUCAACGCAGCAGGAUUUCCUGCACGGGGAGUGUGGAUAGGUGGCUAUCAGGAUCCCUUCUGGCGCCGAUGGACCUGGUCUGAUGGAUCCACUUUUCAGUACCAGUCUUGGGUUUCACCUUUCCCUUUGGAUGAACGACGUCGGACAAGUAUCUCUAUGGUUAACCCUUCCGUCUCGUCGGAUUUUAAAGGAUGGCUGUGGCGAAACGAGACCCCAGAUCAGUACUUUGCAUUUAUUUGCGAGAUGAAGAAUUCUGAUUAAUGAACUUACAAAUUGACAAUAUAUAUUGUUCGUUGAGA